AAUUUAAUAUCCGGUUUACUUGUUAAUUCAAUUUUCAAUUAAUUGAGAAGAAAAUGAAGAAAUUUUCUGCAUUACUGUUGAUAUUGGUGACUGCGACCGCUGUGACGCCUACUUUGCAUAAACUGAAGCAUAAAUUAUUCGGUGGUUAUGGCGGUGGCGGCGGGAAUUGCUAUACUUGCGGUGGCGGCGGAUACGGUAAUUACGGUGGGGGAGCGGGAGGGGGAGGGGGAGGGGGAGGCGGACGAUAUGAUGUCUAUGCUGUUAAACAAAUUCCGGUUUACACAGUUCAGCAAGUACCCGUUAGUACGGGUGGUUAUGGGGGUCAUGGAGGUUAUGGCGGUGGAGGUGGUCACGGAGGUUAUGGCGGCGGCGGUGGUGGUAGCGGCUUAGGUGGCUACGGUGGAGGUAGUUUUGGCGGUUAUGGUGGCGGUAGUUUAAGUGGCUACGGCGGUGGUAGCCAGGGCGGUUAUGGUGGCGUUGGGCAGGGCGGUUAUGGUGGCGGUGGUCAUGGCGGUUACGGCGGCGGAGGUCAAGGUGGUUACGGAGGUGUUGGUCAAGAUGGUGGUGGCGGCUAUGGCGGCUAUGGGGGAGGCAAUCUGGGUGGUCAUGGUGGUGGUGGCCAGGGUGGUGGCGGAUGCAGUACUUGUGGCGGCGGCGGCGGCGGGUCCUGGGCCACUGCCAGCGCAUCUAGUGGCAGUUUUGGUGUAGUCACAGCAGUGCCUACACUAUUCAAAAAGAAAGGCGGCGGUGGUGGCGGUGGCGGCGGUUGUCCAAGAUGCAGUAGUGGCAGUGGUGUUUUAAUAAUUCCUGUUCAACCAAGGCCAGUUCAGCAAGUACCAGUGCAACAGGUGCCUGUACGGCCAGUGCCAGUACAGCAAGGUCAUCCUGGUGGCACCUGUAAUACUUGCGGCGGGGGUGGAGGUGGUUCUUGGGCUACAUUCUUUGUAUGUUUAAUGGCGAUAUGUGCGGUAGCUAAGGCGGGUUAUGCUGGUGGUGGGGGUUACGGUGCUGGGUAUGGCGGUAGUGGCGGAGGUUUCGGUACCUCUGUUAAUGUGUAUAAAGUUAUUUCGAAAGGAGGCGGCAUCGGCGGCGGCGGCGCAGGAUUCGGUGGCGGAUUCGGUGGAGGCGGUUAUGGCGGUGGCAGUUAUUAUAGUGGCGGCGGGGGCUACAGCAGUGGCGGAGGUGGCUUCGGUACCGGAGGCAACAUAAAAAUUAUUAAAGUAAUAUCUCAAGGUGGUGGUAGUGGCGGUAGUUAUGUUGGAGGCGGCGGCGGUGGUUACGGUGGUGGCGGUUACGGCGGUGGGGGUUACGGUGGGGGCGGUGGUUAUGGCGGUGGAGGCGGUGGCUUUGGCGGCAGCGGCGUUGUCAAAAUUAUUAAAGUAAUUUCUACCGGUGGAGCUGGCGGCACGUCAGGUGGUGGCCUCGGCUACGGCGGAGGUAGUUAUGGUCACACUGGAAGUGGCGGGGGCUGGUGGUGA